GGUCCUUCUGACAAUUCCGAGGGGGUUAUUUUGCCCAAGUGCGCUGGCAAUUCCAGGGUAGGGAGUGCUCUCUCCCUCACAUCAUCAAUAGCUCCCUACCCUCUCACUAGUGGUCAGCUUCAGGAGAGCGGGACACUGUCCUCCUGCCCUAGCUUUGUCUGCUUUCCCCAUCAACCGGAGUACUUCACUUGGAGAACAAUAACGAGUUCUCAUUUUUUAAAAUAAUUCUUUAAAAUUUACAAGUGGUUUUCUCCCAACCUUGUAUUUUACAGAGAGAGAAAUUGAGGCAAAAGUGUCCACCUUGGUAGAUAGAAUGUUGGGUAUAUAAUUAGGAAAAUCUGAGUUCAAAUCCUGCCUCAGGCUUUAUUUUUCAUCUGUGUGACCUUGGGGCACCUCAGUUUCCUCAUCUGUAAAAUGGGGAUAAUGAUAGCACCUACUUGACACCUGAGAUAAUACAGAUAAAGGCACCCUCAGUGGAGGACUCUAAAUGCUGCCUGUUAUACGAUUCUCGCCCAGAGCUGGUCUGUCUGUAAGACAGAGACAGCAAUAAUAGCUACUGCCCAGCCCCAGGGUGCUUGUGAUGAUCAAGAGAGACUAACUGGAAACUCCUCCGCAUGAUGAUGCAGCGGGUGCUUAGCAUUUAUUAAGACAGUAUUUGGGACAGCAGCAAGUGGGCUCAGUGAGGCCUAGAGAGGGAGGUUCUGGGGCCAAAUCUGGCGUCAGACACUUCUUAGCUGUGUGACCUUAGACAAGUCACUUAACCCCUAUUGCCUAGAACAGACUGCUCUUCUGCCACUACUCAGUAUCGAUGAGUAAGGUUUAUUAAAAAAAAAAAAAAGUACUCAGGCAGCUGGGUAGUGAAGUGGUUAGAGCCCAGGGCACUGAAGUCUGGAGGGCCUGAGUUCAAAUCGAGCCUCAGACACGUCCUCGCUGUGUGACCUUGGACAAGUCACUUCACCCGAUUUGCCUCGGUUUCCUCAUCUGUAGAAAUGAGCCGGGAUCUCUACCAAGGAAACCCCAAAUGGGGGCACGCCCUAAGGACAGACAACCAAGGCAUCUAUCAAGUGCUGACCCGACAAAGCCGAACCAUCAAUGAAGGCAGAGAGGCGCAGGAAGCCGGGAGGUGCUCUGCGGCUGGGCAGCCCGGAUAAGGCCUGAAUCUGGGGCCCUCCGGACGGAAAUGCUCCCAGGAAUCCUGGCCCGAGGAGAUGCUGCGGUCUCCUCAGGGUCCUCCGUCUGCUCUCCUCCAUUUCCAGCCGCCCGCAGCUUCUCAGGGCUCGGGAGGAGGCGGGGGCUGCUAGGACCACCCGGCCCAGGAUGGCCCCGCCCCCCCUCAAGGCCCCGCCCCCGCAAGGCGGUUUCCUGCUCCGCCCGCGCCCCGGCCGGGUCCCAGCUGUGCGCUGUCCCGGACCAUGAGCGGGCCGCGCGUGCGGCUCGUCGUCACCGGGGACGACUUCGGCUACUGCCCGCGGCGCGACCGGGGCAUGGUGGAAGCCUUCGUGGCGGGGGCGCUCAGCGAGGUCUCCCUCCUGGUCAACGGCGCCGCCGCGAGCUCGGCGGCCCAGCUGGCCCGCAGGCACCGCAUCCCCGCCGGCCUCCACGCCAACCUGAGCGAGGGGAGGCCGGUGAGCCUGAGCGCAGGCUCCGGGGCCUCCUUGCUGGGCCCCAGCGGCUGCUUCUUGGGCAAGACGGGCUUCCGCGAGGCCCUGGCGGCAGGCCAGGUAGUGCUGCCGGAGGCGUGCGCCAGGUGUUCGCCGAAGUGCUGCGGGAGUACGGGGUGCGGUACACGCGGGUGCCCGUGGAGCGCGGCCUUCACCGCUGCGAAUGGCUGGAGCCCCAGCUGCAGACCUUCGCCGUGGCCCUGGAGAAGGACGCCCUGGCCGCUAGGGAGGAGUUCCAAGAGCUGGGCCUUCGGUGUCCGGACGCAUUCAUUGGCUUGAGCACGAUGGGCAAGGACAUGUCUGUAAGCCGAAUCGAGGCUGCCAUCGACCAGGCUGUGGAGAGCAUUCAGAUUCCAGAGGAUGCCCUGAAGGGAGGCCGAGCCAUCACUCUGGAGCUCAUGGCCCACCCUGGGUACCCCAGUGUCUCGCCUGUUGGUGGCUGUGGGGAGGGCCCCGAUGACUUCUCCCAGUCCUGGGAGAGGCUACACGAGCUGCAAACCCUGUUGGACCCCACUCUCCACAAUUUCUACCGACAGAGGGGCAUCAAAUUGUGUGCCUUCGAGGACUUAUGAGGCUGCUGGGGAGGCUAUGCCCACCAUUCUUGGCUUAGAGGAGCCUGCAUUUUAGCCCCAUCUCUAUCACCUGUGUCCAGUGGGAGAUCUUGGACAAGUCACUUGUUUCUUUGGCUGUAAAACGAAGGACUCAUCUAGCCCUGACAUUCAUCCAUUUAAUGGGCAGCCUGCCAUGGUGUAAAGAGCACAGGCUUUGGAGUCAGAGGAACUGAAUUCAUCUCGCCUCUGCUACUUUACCAUCCUUGUGACCUUGGGUAGAUUCCUUUUUGCUCAAUUUCCUCACCUGUAAAAUAAUGGAAAUGGACUAAGUCCUAGUUUAAGGUCUCUCUAGAUCUAUGAUCUCCACAGACGACAAAGUCAGCCUUGGAAUUUAGAUGCCUCAGUUUGAGUCUUGGCCCGGACAGAGACUAGCUUUAUGGUCCUGGGCAAGUCAUUUUACUGGCUGUCUCCAUUUCCUCUAUUGAAAAAUGGGGAUAAUAGCACCUACCAUCAAAGAUGAUGAUAUUUGUAAAGAGCUUGGCACAUAGUAGGCACUUAAUAAAUGCUGGUUCCCCCCUUCCCUGUUUGCUAACAAAGAGGCUCAUGGAGGGUCACUGUGUGUAGAAAGGAGUACGGACAAGCUUUGAAUGCCGGGUUUUAUAUUUGAUCCUGGAGUUUACCGAGUCAGUAAGGGGAGGGGCACAAUGCCAUGGUGGGAGCCGCACUUUAGGAAGGUAAUUUUGGCAACUAAAUAGAGAAUGGCUUGUAUUUCUUAAUUAAAUGUUUUAGUGAGCAGAAA